ACAUAUUACCCACAAUUCCUUUCGUCCCUCUUCCCAAAACAGCGAAGAUGCAGAUCUUCGUGAAGACCCUCACGGGCAAGACCAUCACCCUUGAGGUCGAGCCCUCGGAUACUAUCGAGAAUGUGAAGGCCAAGAUCCAAGAUAAGGAGGGCAUCCCUCCGGAUCAGCAACGUCUGAUCUUCGCUGGUAAACAGCUUGAGGAUGGUCGCACUCUCUCUGAUUACAACAUUCAGAAAGAAUCUACUCUCCACUUGGUUCUACGUCUGCGAGGUGGUGUAAUUGAGCCUUCCCUCAAGCUUUUGGCUGAAAAGUAUAACUGCAACAAAAUGAUUUGCCGCAAGUGCUAUGCUCGUCUUCACCCUAGGGCCUCCAAUUGCCGCAAGAAGAAGUGUGGACACAAUGCUGAUAUCCGCCCCAAGAAGAAGCUGAAGGGUUAAAUUUUUUCUCAUUUGAGGGAAAAUAUAAAAAAAAGGACCAUGUAUUAAAUAUCUUGUACACUCUGAAGAGGUGCAAGACUGGUUUAAUAAAGGAGGUCAUCA